AAACAGUUGGCAACACUGGUAACUAGCUGACACAAAGUUAUAACCACACAUAAUGGCGCAAAGUAAACUCAACGAUCUUGCGGGCAAGCUGGGCAAAGGUGGCCCACCUGGACUGGGAAUUGGAUUGAAGCUGUUGGCUGCCGUCGGUGCAGCGGCCUAUGGUGUUAACCAAUCCUUGUAUACCGUUGAAGGUGGUCACCGUGCCAUCAUUUUCAGUCGCUUGGGCGGCAUACAGAGUGACAUUUAUUCGGAAGGCUUGCAUUUCCGUAUUCCAUGGUUCCAAUAUCCCAUUAUUUAUGAUAUUCGGUCGCGUCCCCGCAAAAUUUCAUCACCUACCGGAUCAAAGGAUUUGCAAAUGAUAAACAUUUCAUUGCGUGUUCUGUCGCGUCCCGAUUCGAUCAAUCUACCCUCGCUGCACAAGCAAUUGGGCGUGGACUACGAUGAGAAGGUGCUGCCCUCGAUUUGCAAUGAGGUGCUGAAGAGUGUCAUUGCCAAGUUCAAUGCCUCCCAGCUGAUUACACAGCGUCAACAGGUUUCUCUGCUGAUACGCAAGGAGCUGGUGGAGCGUGCACGUGACUUUAACAUCAUUCUGGAUGAUGUUUCGCUGACAGAGCUGAGCUUUGGCAAGGAAUACACAGCCGCCAUUGAGGCCAAACAGGUGGCCCAGCAGGAGGCACAGCGCGCCGUGUUCUUCGUGGAGCGUGCCAAGCAGGAGAAACAACAGAAGAUUGUGCAGGCUGAGGGUGAAGCCGAGGCAGCCAAAAUGUUAGGUCUGGCCGUCAAGCAGAAUCCCGCUUACCUGAAACUCCGCAAGCUGCGUGCUGCUCAGAGCAUUGCCCGCACGAUUGCCAGCUCACAGAACAAGGUUUACCUGUCGGCCGACAGUCUGAUGUUGAACAUUCAGGACUCCAACUUCGAUGACAUGACUGAGAAGGUUUACAAAAUUGGCACGGGCUUGCCCAAGAAUUGGCUCGACGCACGCAAAAUGACGCCCAAUGUGGACACCAAUGUGGGCGAUGUGGCACGCAACACUGCGGGUCGCCUCAUGUAGAACAAACGGCGGGAUUAGCACGGAAGACACGGAGUGAAUUGUGACAGAACCUUUCUCUUUUUUCUUUUGGCAAAUCCAACAAAUCAACCCCAGUACAAAA